GAGUGGGUUAAGUAUUAAUAGAUCUAUAAAGUAAUUCAUCACUAACCUUUUCCUCUCUAAUUCUACCCUACUUACGAACAUGGUGCUUUAUAGUUUAUAGUUUACAGAAAACCUUCAAAUGCAAAGUCAUUCAACACUCCCCGCCGGUCCCCCUUGUGCCUCAUCUCUGUUAUUCCUUUGCAUGAAUUUUCUUUUCUAUUAAGUUCGAGCCCCGCCAUAAACACUUCCAUCAGACUCGCCCGCCUGGCAGGGGCGGGGCGGGGGUGGGGCGGAGUGGAAGACGCGGGGCGUGGUCAUCACGUCGCAGAGCCUGACUGCGCCUGCGUAGGCUGCGGCAAAGCUAAACCGCUCUCAGGCUAGCGCUCAUUGCUGGUUAGUGCUUGUGUUAAAAGAUCGCCCUUCUUAUCCGCUCUCACUUUUGAUCCGCCCAGCUUCCGGGCCUCAGGCUUCGGCUUUGUGCCGAGGCACCAACACACCUACCGUCCUCUCUCCGACAGACCGCUGAUCACCCCGUUCCCGUUCCUGUCUCCUGGAACCAUGUCUCUGGUAAGCCAGAAUGCGCAUCACGGCAGCGCAGAGACCACUGCAGAUUACAGCGAAGGCCGGGGUGAAAUGCAGGCUAGUAAUGCCUCUGGGCCCCCUACUUCCAUGCUAGUCUCCGAUGUCCCCCAGGGUCCUCAGGUUCCCAUUGACCCUCAGGGUGCCAGCGCUUCCCAGACUGCGCCGGACCCAAAUGACAUCGAGGUUCUCAUCGAUGAGCAGUCCCGACGUUUGGGGGCGCUCAGAGUCCAUGACCCUCUAGAAGACAGGUCGAUGGCUUUGGUGAAUUUCAUGCGAAUGAAAAACCAAACGGAGGGGUCUAUCCAGCAGUCAGAGAUGCUGGCGUUUCUCAGAGAAUACUCAGAUCAGUUCCCUGAGAUACUCAGGCGAGCCUCGGCUUACCUGGAUCGGGUCUUUGGGUUGAACCUGAGGGUUCUUGAUCCCCAGACUGAUACCUACAAUCUAGUCAGUAAGCGGGGUCCCCAAACCACUGAACGGCUGGCAGAGACCCUGGACAUGCCAAAAGCAGGUCUCCUGGCCUUGGUCCUAGGCCAUAUCCUCCUGAAUGGCAACCGGGCAAGAGAGGCCUCCAUUUGGGACCUGCUGCUAAAGGUUGAUGUGUUGGAUGAGCCUCAGAGGAUCAACAACCUCUUUGGGAACACAAGAAAUCUCCUCACUACCGAAUUUGUACGCAUGCGAUUUUUGGAGUACUGGCCAGUAUAUGGCACGAAUCCCCUUGAAUUUGAAUUCUUAUGGGGAUCUAGAGCUCACAGGGAAAUCACAAAAAUGGAAGCUCUGAAGUUUGUAGCUGAGGCCCAUGAUGAAGAGCCCUGGAGCUGGCCAGAAGAAUAUAACAAGGCCCUGGAAGCUGAUAAAGCCAAAGAAAGAAGCCAGGCUGCUGGCCUAGAGUUCUGGUCAGAGGACACUAUGAAUGAUAAGGCCAAUGAUUUGGUCCAGUUGGCCAUUAAUGUCACUGAGGAGUUGCUACCAAUCCACCAGGAUGAGCUAUUGGCUCACACUGGCAAAGAAUUUGAGGAUGUGUUCCCAAAUAUCCUCAGUCGAGCUACUCUAAUCCUUGAUCUGUUCUAUGGGUUCUCUCUGAUUGAGGUUGAUACCAGUGAGCACAUCUACCUCCUUGUUCAACAACCAGAAUCAGAAGAAGAGCAAGUAAUGCUUGAGAGCCUGGGGAGACCCACUCAAGAGUAUGUCAUGCCGAUCCUGGGUUUGAUCUUCCUGAUGGGCAACCGGGUCAAAGAAGCCAACGUUUGGAAUUUACUUCGGAGAUUUAGCGUGGAUGUAGGAAGAAAGCAUGCCAUCACCUGUAAGCUGAUGAGACAGCGCUACCUGGAAUGCAGGCCGCUGUCCUAUUCCAAUCCAGUUGAAUAUGAGCUUCUGUGGGGUCCUCGGGCACACCUUGAAAUCACCAAGAUGAAAGCCUUGGAGUACAUGGCCAGGCUCUACAGAAAACGACCACAGGACUGGCCUGAGCAAUAUAGGGAGGCUGUGGAAGAUGAGGAGGCCAGAGCCAGAUCUGAGGCAACCGCCAUGUUCUUCUUUGGCUCCAUGUGAAGUCUGGAGAAAAUGAAUCAUUUCAAUUGUGUGACAUCAGUUCGAGGGACCCUGGGGAUAAGGGCACUGGUGCCCCAAAUCAGAAGUUGGGGAGGGCUGGGGUAAAGAGUACACAUUGUGCUUACUGUGUUCCAGUUCUACUUGUGUCUCCUCCUUCUAAAAUACUCUUAAGUGAGGUUCAUGGUCAUUGUUUAUAAAUGAAAUGAUUUAUUUGUCUUUCCUGUCUUGUUUCAGUAUGAAAGUUCAGACAACUGUGUAACAUGUAUUGGUAAUAUUUACAUCUUUUAGAUAAUCAGUAAAAUGAUCUGGUACAGCAGUUAAAUAACACACACACACACACACACACACACACACACACACACACACACACACACACCCCAAAACCAAUACCACUUAUCUGUGGUUGCCCUCUCUUUGUGUCUCUUGUGUUUAAAAAACAAAAGGACUGCCACUUCACUGUAUUUGCUUUGCUGUUGUAGAAUGUAGUGAAAAUA